ACCCUGAUUUAGGAAUAAACCCUCUUCGAAUGACUCCACACCACCUGAAGCAACACUACAGCAACAGCAAUCAGUAGCGAUGGUGAUAGAAGCGGAGAUUGACCUACGAACCGCCUACGAUGCGUGUAUAUCUGCAAUCAAUAACAAUCCCGCGCCCCAAGACAUCGAGGGUGCCCAUGAAGCCCGAGAAAACUUCCUUCGGUGGGACCAGAGAAUAUCGGCAAUUCCACAAGCGUAUACCCGACAAGCGGUUGCCAUCCUGCGGAAUACAGAGAUGUUAUUGGCCGACAGUGAAAUUGGUUCGGUGGUCGGCGGAUUGAGGACCGCGACUGAGAAACUAGAAGAGCUCGCACAGAAGGGUUUCGACGAUGAGGAACUCAGUUAUAUGCUGAGAGGGUUGAGUGUCUCCAAUAGUUUGUCCACCAACUAUACGUACGACCGCCCCCCUUGAUACCCCGGACUGACAUGAUAUAGAGUCCAUAAGCAGAGGUGAAGACGUCAAAAAGAGUCCUCCAUUUGUACCCACCGCCUCAGAUUAUAUCCGUGCGUUAGAAACCAGGACUCCGGGGAGCGCAGAGUGGAUAUUUGCGACCCCCGGAUACACGAACUGGACAUCUACACCUUCAGAGGGGCCAAAAAUCCUGUGGGUUAAUGCACCAGAUGGGCUCGGGAAGACUGUUCUCGCGGCUAGAAUCGUGCAGGAGCUAUUUUCGAGCGGCGAGGCGCCUGUGGCGUACUUUUUCUCCUCUCAUGAGGAUUCGAUUCGAAGAGUCACGACAAAUAUAUUACGAUCGUGGAUAGAUCAGUUAUCUAUCCUCCGCGAGGAAGGGGGAAAGGCUGCCCAAGGGUUGCCCGAAGACAAAGUUGGUAAGGAAGAGGAUCUCUGGCAGAAUCUCAGCGCUGCCCUACAGGAUGUUGGGAAAUCUUAUUUCGUUCUUGACGGCUUGGAUGAGUGCUUGGAUUAUGACGAGGCAGCACGGUCCAGGACGGCUGGUGUUCGUGGAGUGUUUCUGAAGAGAUUGCUUGAUAUGAUUCACACCACUGGAGUGCGGCUCUGCGUCCUUAGCCGGGAUGUCAGUGAUAUCAGGAGCGCCAUAGAGAGGGAGCAUGACAGAUCACUCGAUUCUCACUCGGUUUUUGAGAUCCCCGCUGGUCCUGAGGAUUUUGCGGCGGAUUCAAAGCUUCUAGCGCAGGAGAUUGUGGAGGAGAAAUUCGCUGAGGAGACACCCGAGCUGAGGAGAGAGCUGGCCGAGAGCAUUUCUCUCAGGAGCGGUGGAUCGAUGUUGUGGGUGCGACGCGCGGGGGAUCUUCUAAAACCCUGGAUGUCAGAGGAUCAACUCAAAGAAACUUUGUCGUCUCUACCAACCAGUUUACCACAACUUUACAAGAGCCUCUUGGAAAAGGUCAUUGAAUUUGGCAAGGAAGAACGAGAUCGAGCAAAGGAAAUUCUCCGAUGGGCACUGUUUGCCGAACGGCCUCUGAGCGUCAAGGAGCUCACGGAAGCACUCGUGUUAAAAGACGGUGAUGCGACAUUCCCCAAAGAGCGCCUUCCACCCUGCAUAGACGAGGGCUACAUCAACAACCAGAUCCUCCGCCUGUGCGCCGGACUCGUGGAGGUCCGCCGCCAGGGCGCUGCCCCGGAAGCCUGGACAAUCCACAUCACUCACUCCUCUACCAAAGAUUUCCUAACUUAUCGCUACUCCAAGACAGAACGUGAAGAUCUCGGCAGGCUCUCGGAAUUUACCUUCUCAGACUACCAUCUUUCGCACGGUGUCCUGGCGAAUACCUGUCUCAGCUACUCCAUGCUAGAAGAUAUCCACAUGGUCGCGACAAUGGUCGACUUUGACUCCACUUCGGAAUGGCCGCCACUAUCAAGUACCUCGCCCUCCCUCUCCAGAGCGCUCAAACCCUACUCCUUAUUCCAAUAUGCCACAAGCAAUUGGACCCUCCACACGCAGCAGAACGCCGACUAUGACGCUGCACUGUAUCCUCGCAUCUCUGCCGCACUAACUCACCCUCGAAAAGCCCGCAAAUACGGUAUCUCUAGACCAUCAUACCACAGUCCAGAAUGGCACCAGGUCCUCUUCUUUCACGAGCAUGCACCUGCACUUGCUAAGCCCAUAUCACCACUUGACACCUGCGUCCGCUUCGGCAUCCUGCACGGCGCGAAGCUUCUCCUCCGCAACAUCACCCCAGUCUCACACCCAGAAACCUAUGUUCGCGCUCUGUGGAUGGCAGUGUACUAUCACCACCCGUCUCUUGUCACCUUCCUCCUCGCAAAAGGUGCGGACGUGAACGCCACGGGGAAUCUCGGAUCAGCAGUGAAAUUCGGGAGUGCACUACAUAUCGCCGUAAAGCUAAACUUCACGGAUGUAGCACAGAUAUUGAUUUCCCAGGGCGCAAAAGUGAACGCGCAAGUAGGGGAGUACGGGACUAUCCUGAAUACCGCCGUCGCGGGCGGCACCGAACGGAUGGUCGAAAUCCUCCUGGACGCUGGCGCCGACCUGAGCGAAGCACCAACGAGAUACGGUAAUGCACUUGUUUUAGCAGUAGCAAUGCGCAAGAACGUAAUCGCUGGGCUAUUGCUCUCCCGGGGGGCAGAUAUCCACGCUCAAUGCGGGGCGUUCGGGAAUGUACUCUCCGUCGCGGCCCGUGGCGGGGAUGUCUACAUGGUGGAGAUGCUGCUGGAGCGCGGUGCCGAAGUCAACUCUAUUGGGGGGUUCUUUGGGACGGCACUGCAGGCAGCUGCGGCGAAAGGAGAGUUGCAGGUUGUGAACAUGUUGAUGGGGGCUGGAGCAGAUAUUAACCUUGUCGCCGGACAUUAUGGGAGUGCACUACGGGCAGCGAGGGGAGGUGGUUUCGCGGAGGUUGAGAAGGUACUCGUGGACGCGGGUGCGGUUGAGUGAGUUGAUAGUGCGGGGUUUGACCCUCCAUAUCUGAUACCGGUCUCGGGGAGAGCCCCUGUAAAUGUCUUAGCGGGGUGUGAUAUUAUUUUUGGCGUGAAGGGCAAUCAAUCCAAUUGAAG